UUUGUUGAUGGGAUCCUGGACAGGUGCGGUGCUCUUGGUGUGUUGUUUUGGCGCCAAAACGACCAUCAUGACGACCAUCAUCCGACGGUUGGAAUCCAUCAAGAGACGAUGGAGAAUGAUGGUGGAGGAGUGGAGAGCCGACGAUGUCGGCAUCGGGAGGCUAAUCGAUCGGUCAGAGCUUGUGGUGGGGGACCACAUCUACGUAUGGAGAAUGUGCGGCACGUACUCCCAUCAUGGCAUUUAUGUCGGCAACGAUCAAGUCAUCCACUUCGUUAAUCCGGAUAAACUCGAUAUUUUUUCCUCGUCUCCCGCCAAAAAAACGACCAUCCUGAAGGCUUUUCCCGCCAAAAAAAGGAGCAUCCUGGAGGCUUUUCCCGCCAAAACGGCUCUUCUGAGUGCUCCUCCCUCUCUCCUAUCCCGAUCCACCUCUCAUUCUCCGGAUGCCACGUCACCCUCCUCCUCGUCUUACUCUCCAGGUGACACCUCAGCAGCGUCCGCUUUUCCCGCCAAAACCGGUCUUCCAGGUGAUCCUCCCGCCUUUUCCCAUCACUUGUCCACGUCAUCCUAUUUAGUAUUUCCCGCCAAAACCGCUUUACCUUAUCCUCUUCCCCAUUCUCCUUCGGUGCUGACGUGCACAGCAGCACGUGCUGCUGAAAGGUGCUCCGACGACGAGUUCAACUUUUCUGCCAAGGAGGGCAUCCAGACGAAUGCCACGUGUCGCUCUCCCACGUGCCUCUCCCCGACAGUUGCGACGCCCCGACAAAGGAAGGACGCGGAUCCCGACCUCGACUUGUCCCCAGGCUCCCGACGGAGGAACGACGUGGGCUCUGUCACGUGGUCUGCCACGACUGCGAGACCCCGACGAAGGGAUGACGUGGAUCCCGACGUGGAUCGCGACUUAGCCACAGUCUCCCGAGGGGGAAGGAACGACAUGGGCUCUGCCACGUGUCGCUCUCGCAGUUGCUCUGCCGCGACGGUUGCGAGACCCCGACGAAGAAAGCAUGAUGACGUGGAUCCCGACCUGGAUCCCGACCUGGAUCGCGACUUAGCAUCAACAGGGGUCCGAGGGGGGAACGACCCGGACGUGUUUUCUGACGACUACGUCGUAUCCACAGGACGGACGCUCAGCGAUGCCACGUGUCACUGUUCUGUUGGUCGUUGCUCUACUGCUGCUGCCGCUCGCUCGGCUGCCUCCUCUUCUUCUGCCACGUGUCACUGUUCUGUUGCGCGUUGCUCUGCUGCUGCUGUCGCUAACUCGGCUGCCUCUUCUUCUUCUGCCACGUGUCACUGUUCUGAGCUGGCGUUCCGACGACCUCGAGGUGGUAAUAACGUGAUCCAAUCUUGCCUUAUGUGUUUUCUGAACGGGGGCUUGCUUCGGCGACACGUGUACGGGGUUGAUUGGCCGACGAAGGUGAGGAUGCCACGUGGCACUUGCUCGCUGUCGGUCGCAGAUGAUCCGUCCGCUGUUUUGCGCCGAGCUCACACGUUGAUGAGAGAUUCGAUGCACGGAUUCGGAGAUUACGACCACAUACAGAAUAAUUGCGAAGAUUUCGCCAUCUACUGCAAGACCGGGAUCUGCAUUCCUGUUUUGGAAGGUGCGCCGGCGCGCAGCGGACAGGCACUUGCUGGCGUCGCCGGGAUUCGAUCCGUCGUCGGUCUCAAGUCGAUGCCGUUCUGCAUCGUCGAAUACUUUCGAGAAAAGUCAACGGAUCUCGGUCAAAGGUCGGGUGCAAUGACUGUUGACGUCAACAAUUUUAUCCGUUCGGGGAAAUGGUUCAAGCGUCGCCGUCGGCCACGUCAUCAGCGAUGGAUCCCGAUCUUGAUGGCCAUUCGGCGGCUCUAUGGUUGCGCCACGUCAGCAGCAGCAGAUGGAAUGGGUGUCUCCGAUUGAAGAGGGAAGGAGAGUUUUUGGGUCGAGUCCGAAUGAGCAUUCUUGGACGUACCUGACCGUAAUUCCGGCCAGAC